AUGGAGGUGGAUGAACACAUCCAUGCCUUAACUGAGAGCUUCGAGCCUUUUGCACCUGAAGCUUGCCCUGGUGAUCGGUUACUGGACUGCUUUGCGGACCGUCUCCCUUUUGACAAGCGCGAUCCUACCCAGGAUAGGGCCGACCUGUUAACAGUACUGGCUGCAACUGAUGGCUCUGUCCCUCAGUCAAACCAGUAUCAGGUGGCUUUGGCUGCCAUCAUCUACAAGGGACAUUGUGAGCUCGAAAGGACUCGCUAUGUCUCUGGCAGGGUCACUGCCCCAGAUGCGGAACUCAAUGCCAUUUUGUGCACGGUGCGCCUUGCUGUCAAGCAGGCAAACUGCCAACACAUUAUGGUCUUUACUGACUCUAUGGGCUCAGCCCACAGAGCGGUGGACCCUUCUGUGCACUCCGGUCAGGCUUUCAGUCUGUCAGUUUGUCGUGCUCUCCAAGAGUGGUUCGAGGCGUCUGAUCUCUGCCGCAUCACCUUUGUGUAUGUUCCAUCUGCUUUGCGGUGGGAUAUCCAUGGUGAGGCACACAAGUACGUCACUGAACUCAAAGUCACGGUUGGCCAUCGUAAGACAGACAACUCCAUAGAUGUGCUACACUCCCGCGCCAUGCAUUCAGUCCUGGAUUCAUGGAGCUCCACUUUCCAGGAUCCAACUUACUGA